AUGGCCGCUGCGAGGGGCGCCCGGCUCCUGCGCGCCGCUUCAGUGGCUCUCGGCGGCGCGGCUUGCCGGCGGCUACUUCUUCUCGGGCCCCGGGCGGGAGCCGGGGGGCUCCUGGGGAGCUGGGGGCCGGGCAGGAGCGUGGAUCUGGGCCAAGGCUGCGGCGCACGCACGAACCGGUCGCUGAGUUUGUCGGCGCCGGCGCAGAACAGCUCAGAAGAUAAAAUAACAGUCCACUUCAUAAACCGUGAUGGUGAAACAUUAACAACCAAAGGAAAAGUUGGUGACUCUCUGCUAGAUGUUGUGGUUGAAAAUAAUCUAGAUAUUGAUGGUUUUGGUGCAUGUGAGGGAACCUUGGCUUGUUCUACCUGCCACCUUAUCUUUGAAGGUCACAUAUAUGAGAAGUUAGAUACCAUUACUGAUGAAGAGAAUGACAUGCUUGAUAUGGCGUAUGGACUAACAGACAGAUCACGGUUGGGCUGCCAAAUCUGUUUGACAAAGUCUAUGGACAAUAUGACUGUUCGAGUACCGGACGCAGUAGCUGAUGCCAGACAGCCUAUAGAUAUGAGCAAGAAAUCCUAAGAUAAAUAGGAAUAUUUUCAUGCAAACUUAUCUAUUUUUAUAAUUUUUAUUUCUUAAUGGAAUUAAAUGAGGACAUGGAUAAAUGGAAUUACUGUUAUAACUAGCUUUGCUAUUUUAAUUCAUCUUGUACAACUACUGGAUUUUGUAGUUCUGAAAGUAUGCAAUCUAUUUUGGUUAAAUUACAGUGUAUCCACCAAAUGUUAGAAAAUAGUUUA